UAAUAAAAUUUUAUUUAUUAUUAUUAGAUUUUUAAUAUUUCCUUUUUAUAGAAUCGAGCCGAGAAUGUCAAUUUUUCGUGGGAUAAUGUACUUCAUCAUGGAUGCCUCGAUGAAUAUGCAAAUUUUGAUAUUCGUUUGUAUUUUAUUCCUUAUCGAGGAACGAUUCCGUCAUCUCUGCUCCAUGAUAGAAUUCUCUAAGGCUGACAAGAUAAUAGAGGCGCAUCGAUCAAUUAGGCAUUCGACGUUACAACACAUAUGGUGGCUUCAUUGUUCUCUAGCGAACGCGACCGAAAUAAUUAAUUCCGUGUACGCGAUCCAGUUGUUGUUUUGGAUCUCGACUAUGUCGUUCAACCUGAUGUCGAGGAUUUAUUCGUUGAAAGUGUUCAAAUUAUCGGAUUACGGGAAGAUCAGGGAAUCAAUGCUGGUGACUGAUUGCGCGUGGAACCUCGUAUUGAUUACCACCGUGUGUCACAUGACAGCUCAUCAGGCGAAUCGUGUCGGCAAGCUUAUUUUCUCACCUCACUCUUUCUUUUCUCUGAAACGCGUAUAUUUACAGGAAAAUGUAGACGCAGCGGCUUACUUUCAACUAAGGAAAGUACAUCUUUUUACUGUUGCUGGUUUAAUACGCAUCGAUCUUCCUCUUCUGCUUUCGAUAUUCUCAGCGAUAACAACGUACUUGGUGAUCCUUCACGAAGAUUCACUUCAUUUAAAAAAGAAGAAUUCUUUUCUCAUUUUCAGCGUGACUAAUUACUUCGUGGUUAAUCUGUCCGUGGCGGAUCUUUUGGUUACCACGAUUUGCAUGCCGGUUGCCGUCAGCCAGGCGGUCUCGAUGAAAUGGAUCCACGGGGAAAUAAUGUGCAAACUUUCCUUCUACUUACAGGGUGUAGCGGUAGCUGCCUCGGUUUUUACUAUCACCGCGAUGAGCAUAGACAGAUAUUUGGCGAUAAGAAGCCCCAUAGCGUUUCGACGAGUUUUCAACCGCAAGAGCACGGUCUUCGUUAUCAUAGCUCUCUGGGUGGUCGCUUUGAUCAUCUUUGCUCCUCUUCUCAGAGUGACAUCCCUUCAGAAUCCAGGUAUCAUGAUACUUAGAAACAUAUCCUUUCACGGGUCGGAUUUCGCACAGAAUAUCUCCACCGAUUUGUAUUUCUACAUGUGCUUGGAAGAUUUCAAAUCAGUGGGUAUCGAAGCGCCGCUUUUCGGCACCAUGUGCUUCGUGCUGGUUUACGCUAUUCCCGGUUUCGUCGUGGUGCUGUCGUACAUCAUGAUGGGGCGAACACUGUGCGCCAGGAAACCGCCGUUCGAUUGUGACGGUGCCCAGGGAAGCGCCAGCUCGCAACAGAGUUUCAGGCUGGUACGUGAGCGAAGGCGAAUCGCUUGGAUACUUCUUCUUCUGGCUGUGCUUUUUGCCCUCUGCUGGCUCCCGUAUAACGUUUUAAUGCUCUUGAAAGACUUGGAUAUAAUCAGUGUGAGAGGGACGGAGAACGGAGAAGCGGAAGGGUGGAACAAUGCUAUCUCCUAUUGCCUGUUUCUAGGACACGCGAAUAGCGCAUUGAAUCCCACCGUGUAUUGUUUUAUGACUCGUAAUUUUCGUCAGAACGUGACUGAGAUCCUCUGCCACAGCCCCUGUGGGCUGACACGUGGAACGACUCGUCGAAGGGGUGCUCGAGGGACUGGGGUGAUCGAUGAUAUGUGCGCAGGUAGUGCCAGUGGCACGAUAAGACGAAGCUUACUUCGCAAGCGAAAAAUGUUACCUGGAUUGCCGAUCGGUGGCCACCACGCCGUUCUAACCCUUCGACGAACGACCACCACCAGCUGCGACAGCUUCUACACCAGGCACAGCCCUCAUCGUCGUUGUUACAUGCUUCGAAGUCUUAGAGGAAGGCCGGACACGGCGGUGGUCGGGCAUGCACAGUCGAAGAAAAGUCAGGAGACCGGUUGCGAGAGGAGCAAGGCUGCCGUUCAACCUGUGAACACUUUGGUUAUCACGGACGAAAAACGUUGAAUAAAAAAAAAAAAAAAAAAGAA